UAAUCGUCCCACGGAUCCGUUUACCAUAGCUUAGAUUACAGAAUUGCAAGCCCGCUGACGCCGGCUCCCGUGAGUCGCGCUGUCAGCGGAGGGAAAUGCAUGACGUUAGAAAUACAAGAAAUAAGUCAGAUUCCGAACGCCGAGCGAGCAAGGCGAUUUUGAUAAAACCCUACUAUACAAGAACCAAAACAAUAACCAGCCAUGAACGCCACCGAGAACACCCCAGCUAAGGCGCACCAGAGAGCCGCUGCAUCAGCAGAGUCACCCGAAGUCGUAGACCUCACGGAUUUCUCCGACGCCGAGGGUUCCCGAGACAUCCCCCCGCUGUUCUCCCGCCGACCAUCCGGGUUCCGUCGAGAGAACCUGUGGUCGCCGCCGCCGUAUAAACGACGAGCCGCGACCUGCUCCCCGGAGCCAGGGUCACCGUCAUUCGAAGAGGAGUUCGAAGAUGCCGGUUCUAGCCAGCACAGCUUCCCGGAACCAGAGACGCCAUCAUACGCGCCGAUGUUCGAACAGGAGUUUGAAGAUGCCGGUUAUCACCAGCGCCGCCAUCCCCGAACCGGACGUGGCAUUUACCGUCCCGAGAGGGGGCUGGAGCGUUACACACCAAAACCAUACAACGCGUACUACGACGACGGGGAGAGCGAAGAGGAGGAACCCUACGGUCGGCAAUUCAUAGCCGAAACAGAGACCUUUCACCACACGCUCACGCCAUGGGGGUUACGCGUCACGCGUAAACACCAGAUGUCCGUAGACGUCUUUGUCCCUCCCGGCCGGAAUGUCAACGCGUUCUUCAGGACAUUCCGAAAAGCCGCGGAACCAAUCGACUACCGCUCCGAACCGGCCGCCCCAGCCAGGGCAAGCCCCCCGCACGCCGAAGCGCGACCGCCAACGCCCGCAUCGGAUCCUCCCCGAUGCCCCAAUCCUCCAGAAGAGUCAGCGGCGACCACACCAACGCACGCCGAAGCGCCCCACGCGGAGGCAGCGCAAGGCCCUCCCACUGAAUGGCCCACCGGGGCUACAGAAGAGGGAAACGCCGCUCCGGUUCGACAAGCGGAGCUGACCGAACCGGAGGAGCAGUGGGAAACGGGGCCAGACAGCGGGUACCCCACCAUGACCCUACGGAGGGUAAAACAACCCGUUGCGGAGGAGACGGCGCCGACCCCCAAACUGGGGAACGAAUCUACGCGGGAGGGGCAAAGUCCAGCGGACUUCUCCCUGAUCGAAGAGCUGAACCAGCCCACCCAGUGGGUAAUCGCGCCGGCAGAUUGGCAGGUGAACAUCCUACGCCGAGCCCUACCGGCGGGCCUCAUCGAGGAGAUACACCAGCGGCUGCUGGAAACGGAGAGGCUCCGUUUCCGAAGCUGGUCCUGGGAUCAGUGCUACCGGGUCCACAAGCGAUCCCGGGCCGCGGCUACAGCACGACGACGACGGCCAAGCCAGGGGCCAGACACCUUCGAGACAAGCGAGACAUCGUCCGACAGUAGCAUGGACAGUGAAGACGGGUUCACUACGGAUUCAGAGGACGAAGAGGAACCCCAAACCCGAAGACACGACCCCCCGCCGCAGUACUCUCGCCAAUGCCCGCCAGGCAGCGUCACCUUGCGAGGGGGACCGUCGGAGCUACCCUCGUACCAGCAGUCCCAGAGAUGA